AUGACUACCCUACAAUUCUCGUCCGACGAGGACGGCCUGGAUGACAUCAUCAACGCGGACAACGACACCCUGGAGGAUAUCGACCAGGAAAAUACCCUUGCCGGAUUCGACCUCACCGAGAUUAGCAACCUGAAAGGCAUCUGUACUGCCCUAGAGACCGUUACGAGCGUGAAAGAACUGAAGAAAUGGCUCAAGGGUACUCUAUUCCGACCCCAUUUCCUAUACUGUUACCUGCACGCUAUCCUCCCCGCUCAAUCCAGCGGCGACAACAUGAACCGAGGUGAAUCGUUCACCACCAUCAUUGCCCGUAUCCAUGCCGCGGCCAACAGCGGUGAUACCAAAUACCUCGACCAUUUUUCCGACAAGACCAACUGGGACCGGGCCGACUGGACUGCCUUUUGUUUACUCACCCUGGUCAACGUCAAUACGCGCAACGUGGACGGGAUCUUCUACAAGAAAGCCUGGACACAGGAGCAUAAAGAGAAGGUGAUGUGGGCGAUCCUCCGCAUUAUUCGACAGGAAUUUGCCGCCUCCCGUGUGGAAAAAGGUAUGGCCCUCCUCAGCGUGGAUGAAGAGACGCGCGACCUUAUCCGUGCUUCUCUCCAGACCCCCCACCCCCCACCUAGCGAGAACGCUGGUCUGGAGAAGGACCCGAGGAAGCCUUCCACAGAACCUCCCGCGUCUGGACCCGCUGCCCCCGCUGCCCCCGAGAAACCGGCCUCCAAGCCAAGGGUCCCAAGCAAGCGUUCUACCCGACCCCCCCCGCCGAGACCAAGCCGAAGCAUGAGGUCGUCUGCUAAGAGCAAGAAUCCCACAGGAACCCCGACUCCCGUCUCCGCUGCCCCUGCCCCUGCCAGCACCCCCCCAUCGGCAAGCCGAUCAUCCACUCCGACCCCCGAUACCCCUACACCGGCCGGGCCGGUUGCUCGUCUCCGCCAUUGGAGAGAUGAACUGAUACCCGCAACCCAGCGGGCACUUCAAGCCGUCUCUCAGACUCCCGACCUCAGCGAGCCCUAUUGGCAGUUCCAUUUGAUCGAACUGUGUCUGCGCCUCAUCGAGGAGGAACUAGCAGAGGAGCCGGCGCCAGAUGCCUCGGAUACUGGUAACACAAAGCUCCCCCAUAAGGAUAACAUGCAGGACGAGGCGGAUGAGACCUCCAUGACACCAUUCAAGGUCCUUAUGGCUACCGCGGGGCCCUACUCCAUAUAUCAUCCUACCGGGCAAGAGGUCGAUACGCUGACAUUGGCACACUACACCGCCGACACCAUUCAGGAGGCCCAUAAAGACACGCCUGACGGCCGGGUGACCCUGUCCCAAGUCACCGCGGCAUCCAUCGAAAUCGCUCGCGAGCAGCAGACUUGGCUCGACAACCUCGAACUCCAGCGCGAGAAUCACGAGGAGGCCUGCGAGGCGCUCAAUAUCAGCAACCCAGACGUCCCCAAGCAUCCCGCGAUGAGGAUCAAUACGUCCUUCCGUUUUUGGCAGCCCGUGGCCAUCUAUGCAAUCGCACAGUUCCGCGAAAAUCCACUGCUCUCCGGGUGCAUCUUGGCCGAUAUGGUUGGACUUGGCAAAACCUGGAUGGUUACCGGGUAUAUUCUGCACCGGGCCACAACGCUGAAAGGCAAGCCCACCCUCAUUAUCUGCCCCCCCCACCUGGUGUGGCAAUGGGCCGCUGAGAUCAAGGCCGUCACCAAACGGCUCAAGGUCAUUGUGUACUUUGGAGACGCGCGGGAAGACCCCCCAGUCGACGUCAAAGUCAUCCCCAAGCUGGCAGGCGACCUCCCAUGGAUGACUGGCCCGCAAGCACAUCAUGCCGUGGUCAUUACCAGUUAUCAGACCUUGGCGCAGCGACAUGGACCCGCCGAGUACAAGUCAUGGGCGGAGGAAUAUGGCAACGGCUCCCUGGCGGAGUGGCCUAAAUCCCUUCGGGGACUGUUCGACACGAUGGUCGCCGACGAGGCCCAUACGCUUCGGAACCCGGACACGGCGCAAUGGACUGCUGCCCGGUGGAUCCACCCUGAGUGGACCAUCCUGGUCACCGCUACCCCCAUCUUCAAUUCCUAUAACGAUAUGGCCGGCUUACUCCCAUUCCUGUUGCCACCCAAAAACGAUGACUUGUGGAUAGGCGUGGACCCCAAGACCAACCCGUUUACGCUCCCCGACACCCACCCCCAAGCCCAGCUGAUCCUCACGAAUGAGGCGGUCCAGCGAUUCAUCCUCAAAGCGUCUGACGAACUCGUCUGCCCGGAUAGUGUGGUCCGCGGCCUCCGCCUCCGCCAACUAUGGAAACACCUGAUGAUCCGGCGCUCGUUAUCCUCCUGCAUCCCGUUUGCGAAUGGUAAACGCAUUGGCGAUGACAUACCUCCUUCCCAAUACCAAGUGGUUUUUGUUUGUUACUGUGCCCGUGAAGCUGCCCAAUAUCACCGAUGGUGGAAGCAACUCCGCCGCCACCUCUUUGUCCAGACCCGCGAGGGCCAAAUCAUAUGGAACAUGGCCAAGUAUCGAGAACUCACGCUGGUCACCACCUGGCUGUUCUUCAGGUAUUGCCACCACCUCCUAGUGCGAGCUAGUGCACGAUCCCUCGACACUCAGGCCCGGCGCCUCACACUCGGUCCUCAACUGAUCAAGAAGGCGAUGCAAGUUGAAAACCAGAUCCUGAUGCGGAAGCAUACCGAGGAUGCUACAGCCCCUGCCCCGGUGACGCAUGAUAUCCCCGAGCAAUUUACCGAUCAAGACGUCCUCCUGUACCUGUUGCGCGGCAGCCCGAAGUUACGCGCCCUCCUGUCUAUAAUCCAGCAGGAGGUCUUCCUGCAACAGGAAAAGUCGGUGGUCUGGUGCACGACCCCUGCCCAGCAGUUCUUUAUCGCUGCCGCCCUCCACCACGCCCGUAUUGACUGCCGGGUCUUCCACUCGGAACUCAACUCCAAGGAGCGUGUCGAGCUGGUACGAGAUUUUACAACCAAAGUGGAUGAAUGCAUGGUCUUAAUAUGCUCCUAUUACGUCAACGCAGCGGGUUCUAACCUUCAGGAUCUCUGCCGGAACGUACACCUCUUUGAUACCCCCACAUCCGACCCCCUCAAGCAGCAAGCCAUCGGGCGGGUAAGCCGUGUCGGGCAGACCCGGACGGUCAAGAUUUACGAUUACAUUGUGUCGGACAGCUUCAAUGCUGGCGUCUUUGCCAAGAACCUUACUAAGGCUGUCCCCGACCUUGUGGCCACCCUGAAUUGGGAUAUGUUCACCGAUACCCUGGACGUGACUGGAGACAGUUCGGCACCGAGCUUUGAUAUCGGUAUAUGGGUCCUCAAUCAGGAUGAUACUAUCAGCAAGGUCCGCCAUGCCCCGAUGGAACUCGUCCCCAAGGACCAACGCCUCUCCCCAGAGGACGUAGUCAAAGCCUUAAUCAGUACUAUGAAGGCGAGUUCUCGCAUACGUGAAAUGUCUGAUAUCGACGUCCAGUAUCUGGAGGGCGAGGAGGCUAGGAAGGAUGGUGAGGGCCCUAUGGAUACAACAGAAGAUGUACCUGGGAAUGUAGCAGAGGGCUCCGACCCUAAGAAAAGAAAGGCGGAUGAGGUAGAACUAUCCUAA